CCAAGAUUUGCCAACCCACGUCUUAUACCCGUUGGGGGCGAAGCUAUAAACUGGUCUAGAACGAUUAUCACACACGUAUGAUAACCAUCCCAUAAGCACUAACCGCACCAUGCAGUCAUCACCAGUCCCCGUACCGACAACCCAGCGGGCGAUUGUCCAAGGUUCAGCAGGCCAGCCCACAAUAGCAGAAAACAUACCCAUACCAACCCUGCGUCCGGGCACCCUCCUGAUCAAGACGGUCGCUGUGGCGCUCAACCCCAGCGACAACAAGAUGGGCGCCGCCUUCCCGUGCCCGGGCGCAGUCAUCGGCAUGGACUUCGCGGGCCAAAUCGUCGACAUGAAGCCCGCGGAGGGCGCAGAGACGCCGGACCCAGACUUCCGCGUCGGGGAUAUGGUGUGCGGUGUGGUGCACGGCUCCAACCCCGGCGAUCCGACCACCGGCAGCCUCGCGGAGUACGUCCGGGCGCCGGCGGACCUGGUCCUCCGCGUCCCGGAGGGGUUUCCCCUGGAGCAGGCGGCGGCGCUGGGGACGCCGUUGUUGACUAGCUGUGUCGCGUUGUGGAGUUCGUUGGCGAUUACGGCGAUGCCUGAGAGCCCGCUUGCGAAGCCCGCUCCUGUGUUGGUGUAUGGCGGGAGUACGACGUGUGGGACGAUGGCUAUUCAGCUUUUGAAGACCAUAGGAUAUGACCCAGUCGCCACCUGCUCAUCCCGUAAUUUCGACAUGGUCAAGUCGUACGGCGCCAGCGCGGUCUUUGACUACACAUCUAAUGACCUUGGCCGCAAUAUCAAGACGCACACGGGUGGGCGACUACGCCAUGCCCUCGACUGCAUCGCCGACCAGGCGUCGACGACAUGCUGUUACGCCAGCCUAGGCCGACCCGGCGGCCGCUACGCCUAUCUCGAGUCCAGCCCGAAGGAAUGGAAGACACGGGAGGCUGUCAAACCGGAUUUUGCCUUAGCCUAUGAGGCUUUCGGACGGGAGGUCAAGUUAGAUGGAGAGUAUGGGCGGCCGGCAAGCCCGGCAAAACAUGAGAUGGCUGUGAAGGUUUUUAGGUCUUUUCAAAAGCUUCUCGAUGAAGGAAAGGUAAGAGCACAUCCGACGGAGGUGGUGGGCCACGGCUUUGAGAGUAUUAUAGAAGGACUCCGCAAGUUGAAGUCAGGGGCUGUGUCGGGGAAGAGACUAGUUGUUUGGAUUGAGUAGAGUCUUCAUGGAUGAAUGGAUAUAAGGCAUAAACGUUUUUGUCUUUCCAGAUAUCAUUCAGACUAUUAUAAAGAUUUUACAAGCAAGGUUUUUUGGAAACUUUUAUGAAUGUCAAAGAUCUUACAUAAACUGAAUGUUCAAUUUUUCUAUUAGUGUCAAGCUUAGAGCCCCUGAUUUCAUAUCAAUUCAUCCUUUCCUUACUCUGCCUUUCAUUCUCCACCUGAAGUACAUACACAAGUGAUGUCGCAGGUAAUGUGAUAUUUUAACGUACCUACCUAUCUUACAGUAUCAAAGAGCAAUACUCCCCUCAA